AAAUAAACAGAAUUGCAGAUCAAAACACUCUGUUUCAUUCCUCUGUUUUUUGCUCUGUUUUGCUCUCACGCCAUAACGUGUUCUGCUUACAGUUUCGACUUCAUUUACUUCGGAAAUGGAACUGAUCUGAUGACAUUCCAUGGAGACGCCGAGUACGCUUCAGAGCCUGAUGGUAUGAGCAAGUCAGGAGCAAUUGGAUUGAGCCGUGACAAUGUCCCAUUCUCUCAUGGUCGAGCCAUUUUCAUCAAUCCAGUCCCUUUUAAGCCUAGUUCUACUUCUUCCUCUGUCUACUCUUUCAAAACUUCUUUCUAUUUCGUCAUUAGUCCUCGCCCGAAAAAUCCUAAUCCCGGUCAUGGCCUCGCCUUUAUCAUCGUCCCCAACGAUAGAAACGACUCCGCUUCUGGUUUAGGCUAUCUCAGUCUUGUGAACCGGUUUAGCAACGGUAAUCCCAAGAACCAUCUCUUUGCGGUUGAGUUUGAUGUUUUUAAAGACAAGUCUCUUGGCGACAUUAACGAUAACCAUAUCGGAAUCAACAAUAAUUCGGUUAAUUCAACGGUAUCUAAGAAGGCCGGUUAUUGGUAUCAAUCAAAAAUCGAAGGAAAAAACCGGUGGUUGUUCAAGGAAUUGAAGCUAAGUGGAAACGGAUACAGGGCUUGGAUUGAGUACGAGAACGGGAAAGUGACAGUCACGAUCGGACGUUCACAAGAAAAACCGAAGAGGCCAUUGAUCGAAGCACGAGUCGAUCUUUCUAAGGUUUUUCUCGAGAAAAUGUAUGUCGGUUUUGCCGGUUCAAUGGGACGUGGCGUCGAGCGUCACGAGAUCUUGGACUGGAGUUUUGAGAACAGUGCCAAAGACUAAUAAACCGGUUUGCUUCAGCUUUGUUUAUGUCAAAGUUGUUACUGGUUUUGCAGCUUCGUUUUCUGUCGUGAAUCUCGUGAUGCUAAGGCUAGUGAUAGUUGAAGGCUAAUAAAUGCUUAUGUUAUGGCCUAACGUGCCAUGUAUCUACUUUCAGAUUUCUAGAAAGAUUUACAAUAAAGGAUCCAUUUCCAUAGUAAGAACUAUUAGAUAUCGUAAUCUUCUAUGAGACGGUAAAUUGCUGAAAAACCAG